CACCUAUAAUUCUCAUCCAACGGCCCGGAUCCCGCCUUCCCAGGAUCCAACGGAGUUCGCAUAAUCCAAACCCAGUUUCGACCAUCGAUCUUACACCCCCGGCUCCUCCAAUCAUCCGCAUCCAACGGUCUGAUCCCCUAGGACUGCAUAUCAGCAAGCGGUUGGCAAGAGCAAAAUAGACUUGCGAGAGAGAGAGAGACAGAGAGGCGAUGGAGAAGGAGAGAGAGCAACAGGUUUACUUGGCAAGACUUGCGGAGCAGGCUGAGAGAUACGAUGAGAUGGUUGAAGCAAUGAAGAAAGUUGCUAAAUUGGACGUGGAAUUGACAGUGGAAGAGAGAAACCUGGUGUCUGUUGGUUAUAAGAAUGUUAUUGGGGCAAGAAGGGCUUCGUGGCGGAUAUUGUCUUCCAUUGAACAGAAGGAGGAGGGCAAAGGGAAUGAACAGAAUGCAAAGAGGAUAAAGGAGUACAGGCAGAGGGUUGAAGAUGAGCUCGCAAAGAUCUGCAAUGACAUAUUAUCAGUCAUUGACGACCACCUCCUUCCAUCUUCCUCAACAGGGGAAUCGGCUGUUUUUUACCACAAGAUGAAAGGUGAUUACUACCGCUAUCUAGCUGAGUUUAAAGCAGGUGAUGAUCGUAAGGAAGCAGCAGAUAAGUCACUGAAGGCGUAUGAGGCUGCAACUAGUACUGCUGCUUCUGAUUUGCCUCCAACUCAUCCAAUCAGACUUGGCCUGGCCCUGAACUUUUCUGUCUUUUACUACGAGAUUUUGAACUCUCCUGAGAGGGCCUGCCACCUUGCCAAGCAAGCUUUUGAUGAGGCUAUUGCUGAACUUGACAGUCUGAAUGAAGAAUCCUACAAGGACAGUACCCUUAUUAUGCAGCUCCUUAGGGACAAUCUCACGUUAUGGACCUCAGAUCUGCCAGAGGAGGGAGGUGAGCAAUCUAAAGCUGAUGAAAUUCAAACCGAGAGUUAAUCAGGCACAAGAGUGAUUCUUUGAGCCGGGGUACGUGGAGGAAUGAAUGGUAGGUUGUGUGCAGGACUUAUUUUCUUACUAGUAGUAGGACCGGGAUUUGUGACUGGAUUUGUAUUGUGAUCUUUUAUCUUAACGAUUACUGUUAUCUGUUACAUUUAUUGUUGUGAUGGGGGUUUCCUCACUGCAUGAUUUACCUUAUCAUCGUUGUCCGUUAUGAAACCUCAUUCGCAAGCUGCAAUUGCUCUUCUUUGCUAA